ACGCUGCCAUUUUGUCCGGCAGAGAAGCAACCAGCCAGUCAGUCCGUAAAGAGAAACCACUGGCGAGACUUUUAUAGAGGCAGCGGCACAGGACGGGACUGUCGGUGAGGAAGAAGAAAAAAAAACAACAAAACAUAAUAAAAACCGAGCCGAUAAUGUGGAGUCGACAGCCGGAGGACGGCACCAACUGAGCCCCACUCCGCCCGACCGCCUCCCAACCUGAGGACCGCGAAAGGGGAAACAACCGAGCGAGCGGAGCUGUCAUUUUUAUUAUUUUUUUUUUUUAACUUAACGGGUCCGCCGGCUCCGCUUCUCCAGGGCACUCGAGCUAACGCCCGCUAGCUUCCUCGGCGUCUCUUCUCACCGGGGAGAGAAACGGCGCCUGUCCACCCUCCUCCACCCUGUUUUUUUUUGUUUUUUUCUGACGGUAUUCUCUUAUAAACUUUAAGAACAAUAAUGCGCUGCUCAAUUUCCAGUGACUUUUUACGCCCGAGGGGGGUUUUAAGGCUCACUUUGCCCAGCGACCAGUGAUAGCAUAAAAAAAAAAAAAAAACGGCCGAAGCUAACAAGUUGACGUGGAGGAGCAACUCGAGAGUCUCCAAGCUGUGAUUUCAAACGGAUUACUUUUUAUUUUUUAUUGUUGUUGCCUACCCCGAGGUGGUCUCUUCUGAUUCAACCCACCCUCCCCUAAAAAAAAAAAAAAAAAAUCCAGGUUUUUUUUUAACAUAUAAAGCCAGCCAGUUAGCUAUGUUUAUUUGUGGCCAGAAAGUAAUUUCCAGUGUUUACAAAGUCCACAGUGGGACUCUUUCCUGGUUGCAGUGCUGCGACGGAAACAUUAGCUAACACAAGACAAGCUCAGAUUAGUGUCGUCGUGUUUUAUUGUUUUGUUUGUUUACUAAAUAGAUAGAAGAAAAAAAAGUGGGGGGGGGAGGGAGGUAAACAGUUGCCAAACACGAUUUAACAACAACAACAACAAAAGCUGCAAAUCAGCUGUUGUCAUUGAACAGCAAGAUAUUCUUCUACCUGCAUUUUUUUGUUUUGUUUUGUUUGUUUGUUUGUUUGUUGUUGUUGUUGUUGCCACCAGUGAUCUGACAUUACUGCAGAGGCACCUGGAGAAAGAAAAACUUCCAACAGUGGAGUUGAUCCAUUGAUCGGAUCGAUAUUGUGCUGUUUUAUCUGAUUGAAAGGGGGGGUAAAAAGAAAGAAAAGCAGUGUAGUGUGUGUGUUUGUGUGUGUGUGUGUGUGUGAGAGAGAGAAAAUAGAAGCGAUGUCGGGCCAAUCUAUCACGGAUCGGAUCGCAGCAGCGCAGCACAGCAUGACCGGGUCGGCUAUCAGCAAGGCUGUGUGCAAAGCCACCACACAUGAAGUCAGCGGACCCAAGAAGAAACACCUCGACUAUCUGAUCCACUGCACCAAUGAGAUGAACGUGAACAUUCCCCAGCUGGCGGACACGCUCUUCGAGCGCACGGCCAACUCUAGCUGGGUUGUGGUCUUCAAAGCCCUCAUCACCACCCACCACCUCAUGAUGUACGGCAACGAGCGUUUCAUCCAGUACCUGGCCUCCAGAAACACUCUGUUUAACCUGCACAACUUCCUGGAUAAGGGAGCUCUGCAAGGUUACGACAUGUCAACCUUCAUCAGACGAUACAGCCGUUACCUGAACGAGAAGGCCAUGUCCUACAGACUGGUGGCUGUGGAUUUCACCAAGAUGAAGAGGGGGAUUGACGGCGUGAUGCGUACCAUGACAACAGAGAAGCUGAUUAAGACGCUGCCCAUCAUUCAGAACCAGCUGGAUGCUCUCUUGGAUUUCCAGGCCAACCCUAAUGAGCUGACCAACGGAGUGAUCAACUCAGCCUUCAUGCUGCUCUUCAAAGACUCCAUAAGGCUGUUUGCUGCUUACAAUGAAGGGGUCAUCAACCUAUUGGAGAAAUACUUUGACAUGAAGAAGAACCAGUGCAAAGAUGCUCUGGACAUCUACAAGAAAUUUCUUUACAGGAUGACGAAGCUGUCAGAGUUCCUCAAAGUGGCCGAGCAAGUUGGAAUAGAUCAGGGUGACAUCCCAGAUCUCUCACAGGCCCCCAGCAGCCUCCUGGAGGCACUGGAGCAGCACCUGGCUUCUCUAGAGGGCAAGAAGACCAAGGAACUGAAUGCAGACACCAGAGCAUCCACCCUGUCCAGCGCCGUCUCAUCUCUCUCCUCCACCGGCAUGUCCUUCAGCCGCAUGGACGAGAAGGAGAAGCAGCAGGCCUUGGAGGAGGAACAGGCCAGACUGCAGGCUCUUAAGGACCAGCGCCUGAAGGAAAUCAGCAUGCAGACUCCACCCUCUGCCUCCCCCAGCAGCCAGUCGAUAGGCAGCGCCAACAACAACCACAUCACACAGACCCCAGAGUUGUUCACUUCCACGCUGUCUGCCAACAGUGUGCCAAAUCUGAACAGUGACCUGUUUGAUCUUCAGCCGGCCUUCAUCCCCGCUGUGCAGAGCAAUCCUUCAAUCUCCACCGCCAACAGUGCCUGGGGAGGAAUGGAGAGCCAGCUUCUGCAGCAGACCACCCCAGCCAUGACUGUAGAUUUCGAUGCUGUGUUUGGGAAUAAGGCCACGCCCAGUAACAACGGCCCACAACCUGCAGCCGGUUUUGAUGCUCUAGGCGACCUGUUGAAGCCUACAAUGCCCACACACAAUGCACCUCCUCCUCCUCCUCAAAUGGCCAUCCAUCCCGGAGGAAAGCUGCUAGCCAACGACCUCGACUCCUCUCUGGCCAACCUCGUGGGCAAUCUGCAGUUCGGUGGGACCCCAGCCAAAAAGCCAGACAUGCAUUGGAGCCAGCCUGGAGAGAAGAAGCUGACGGGAGGCCAGAACUGGCAGAAUAAGACCAUGACGACCACACAGUGGAGCCCCGCGCCCAUGGCCCCACAGCCCAUGCCUGUACAACACGUGAAUGGAAUGUUCUAUACUAGUUAUGCUCCAGCUCCCAUGGCUUUUCCUAUGACCACACCGCAAGUGCCUGUGUAUGGAAUGGUCCCUCCCCAGAUGGGUCAGAUGGGUGGGGUACCAGUGAUGGCUCCUCAGCCAAUGAUGUACAACCAGCCUGUUCUCAGACCCACCAACCCCUUCGCACCCAUGCCUGGAGCCCAGGUCAGCUAUCCGAUGCAGUUUAUGUAAUCCAGUCAGGGGGGAAGCAGAGUGCCAAAAGCGACAAACAAACAGCAGAAGAAAACACACAAGAGGAACGAUCAGAUGGACGGAGGAAUGAUUUGAUCAAGAUGAAACGACUAAGAGACAGACAGACGACCAGAUAACCAACCGACACCAAAAAACAAGUUGGAAAGAGGAGGAGAAGAAGAUGACUGAACAGAGAAUGGAGGGAUGGAGGGAGGUGAUGGGGAGGAGGUCAUUCUGGCUGUUCAUUGUCUGAAACAACGUCUUGUGUCUGUGUGUGUGUGUGUGUGUGUGUGUGUGUGUGUGUAGCUUCUUUCUGUUAUACUGUCUAAUUUGUGGUUUAAAUCCUAUCGAUGGCGUGAUGUUUCAGGAGAGGGAAUAAGGAGAGAGAGAGAGAUGAAGAUGGAGGCGAAUAGAGGAGAGAAGAGGGGAUUGAGGAAAUCCUACCUCUGGUUUUCGGUCAGACUGAGCCCGUCUGACUGCUGUGAGAGUCUCUGCUGCAGAAUUAGCUUUAUUUCAUACCGGUGCUAUUGUUCCUCUCUGGGUUACCGUCCGCCUGCAACAGCAACUUGGGAGCACUUAAGAGGGGACAAGUGUUUGUUUAGUGUGUGUGUGUGUGUGUAUAAGUGUGUUUGUGUGCGCACAACAGUUGUUUCAGACAAUACUUUUACAACCAACCUCCUCUCCAUCCCCUCCGUUCGCUGUCUGUGUCCACGACUGUCCAAUCAGCGAGAGAUUUUAGAGGCGAAUCUUCUCAAGUGUGUUUCCCAGUAAUUUUCCGCUCUGUUGGAAUAUCUUUGUAUUUUUAAAUCUGUUUUCUUCUGCAGCCUCGCCCGAAUGUUACCGGGGCUUGUACAGCAAUUUGUUGAACCAUUUGUUAAUAGUGGGUGAGCGUUUGUUGUCUUGGGUUUUAAGCUAAAGUCUUUGUUACUCAUACAUGCAUUGUUUUCUUCUCCUAAAGCUACAGAUACACACAGACAAACAGGGCUAAGCGGCGACAACACGCUAGCACGGUACAUAGUUGUAUGAAUGUGUGAAUCAAAAGUUUGCAUAUUUUUCAUAUGGCCUGAUCACACCACAAAGUGGUACAACAAAGUGUAUCCAUACAUUCAGUCAAGUUAUAUUUCCUCUGUUUUGUGUCAUAGAUCUUCGUCUGGUAUUUGAUUCAAUAAAGAGUUGUUAAAGAGAGAGAAGACACGCUAAAGUUCGUUAGUGGCUAACAGAAGAGUAAGUUCGCAGUUUAUUCUGAAGGAAUAUUUUGCUCUAUAAAUCCUCCUUUGCUGAGCAGUUUACACUCCAACAGAGGAGGUUAAAUAAAACUGGGCGCAGCCAAAGCUUCCUCCAAUUUGGACUCUCUGUUCCCCCAAAAGAUCGAGACAGCUUGAUUUUGGUCAACGGCAACAAUUUGUCCAUCAAAAGUUUAAAGGUUCCACAAAUUUACUUCGCCCUUGCUAAACAAAUCCGCUCAUCCAGACUGUUGCAUUGGAAUGAGCUAGUUUCACAGUUGUAAAUGCUGGUGAGACCAGGCAUUUAGCCAGACAUAAUUCUACACAUGGUUAUUUUGACACAUUUAUGGCUGCCAUUACUCUCAGUAGAGGUUAAAAUGGAAGAAAUUUGUGUUUUUAUUAUGCUGAAGAGACUGCAUAGUGUUUAUUGGCCUGUCACCCGCCUGUUUGCACCUGGUUGACCUGUGUGUAUCUGUUCUUCUUGUCUUCAUCAGCUCACCAACCACAUUCAGACGUCAAAAGGUUUUUAAAAUAAGAGCUUUUUCAUUAGGUACUCCCUAUCAGCAGAUCCACAUUAUGUGCCAAUGAUUGAUGACAGCAGCAGUGAGUGAGUGAUGAAUGUUACUGAAUCAAGUUGAAUUCACUUUAAAUUGCACUGAAUCAAAGUGAGUGGCUUUAAGUGCGACUCCGUCUACACCGAGAGCCAGACGACACUGAACUUUUGGCAUUACUUUCGCUCCGUUGGUUCCAGGAAAUUUUGGGGAUCAAAUUUGACUCAUGUAAGAAGUCAUGGCCAUUCCUCAGCCAAAGCAUCUGUCACCAUGAGAUUGACUGUUGGAAUAUUUGUGCGUAAUGCAUUUUAGUGUGUGUCCACGUGUGCGCUUACACAUUUAUGUGUUUGUUUUCCAUUGAGGGCUAUUUCUGAGGGUCAAAAUUGUGUCAAAUUUUCGAGCCAAACUUGACACGAAAUUGUGCUUGUUUUUGUUUUUGUAAAAUCAAAAAUUUUGUUGCAAAAUGCACAUGCAAAAGUUUUGCACUGAAGUGACUAUCCUGCCGUUAGUGGAGCUGUUGCCGGUUUUUCUGGCGUGGAAAAAAGUCGAGAAAGAGAUUUGAAGUUUGUAGAAAUUGUUUGGGGGGGUUUUACAAUAAGAAAGUUUGUCUAAAUCUACCAGCCACUGUGGCAGGUAACUAAAUUAUUUUCCUGCCAUUCUAAACAAUGAACUUGAAACUUUUUGUAGUCCCACCCCCCCCCCAGUCCCCCAGUCCCCCAGUCCAGUGUCUACAUCCCAGUCAUCAGUGAGUAGUUGAGUCGUAUCACCCUCAUCAUCCACUCUGCUAUGAAAAUCUCUAGAAUCUCGCUUCAGUCUCUCAACUCUGUCUAGUUGGUCUAUCUCUAGAAUGGUUUAUUAGCCUGCUUCGUCACUGUUUGGUAUGUGUAGAUAUGUAAAAGAAAAAAGAAAAAAAAUAGUAGUAAUAAUAACCAGUUUCUGUCUAGAUUGUCUGCUCCCACCCAUCACUGUCGCUGUUGGAUAGAUAUUGCUCUUAGACGCUUCGUGUCGCAGUCUUGUGUUAGCUUAGCCUCCCGUCAUAGUAUCCUCCUUUAUAGAAGAAGGUUUCCCACCUCGUCCUCACCUCUGCCAGUGUCUAGUAACUAUAGCUCUAUUAUCUCUCUUGGUGUCUCUGUCUUUUAGCUGUAGACGAAACCUUUCGGAGGCUGUCAGGCUUUGUGGUUCGCUUUUUCUCUAGCUUUGAGUGCGCUCUUUUCUUCUCGCUGUUUGCAUCGCUCCAGUGUCUGGUAGAUGAGGUCCUCAACAUUUUGUUUUUUUUCUUCCUCCACCGUCUCGACGACAUCAGCCAUCUCCGCCUAUCUCGUUGCGAUGUCAGCAGCCUAACAAAAACGGUCUCUGGUUGUGCUGGAAUCAGAUGUUUGGAUAUCCAGGUCUCUUUUGUGACUUUGUUGGCUACAGGAGAGAGACAAAGUGCUCUAUACAGUAUACAGUUCAAAACAGGUUUGGGAAUUUAGAUAAAUGCUACCAGAUUUCCGCUGCAGCUUGAAAGUUUAUCUGCUCAGUUAGCCACUCUGACAGUCAACCAGCUGUUGUUCAGGGGUACUUUUGUGCCAAGUAGCAAUCCACCAAUCAUUGUUGAACAAAACGUUUCAGUUCCAAGCCUUCAUAGUAAGGAAACAUUAAGGUUAUCUUGUGUCCGGCCAAAACAGUUUCUGUCCUAAAACUCAACCGUCGUCAACAUUAAACUGCCUCUGACACCGUCCUACCCUGCCUGUGCGGGCUUCUCCAUCCUCUAGAAUACCUUUUUUUGCUUUUCCGAUUCCAACUUGGACUCUCAUUAAAGUAUUUUGCUUUUAUGGAUGUCUGCGCAUUGGCACCAAAAUGAGUUCUAAUUAUGGUUCUUUACUUUCUGGGACAGCUGUCUUACCAUCUCUAAUCUGGUGUGAUGAAUUGGCACUUCAGAAAGAGAGGACGUUGAUGUGGCACUGAUCCAGAUCAUCAUCAUCCUGUAUCUUAAAAACAUUUAAUCAGGUCCAACUGCGGAUCUGAUAAUUCCUGAUGUUUGUAAUUACCUCUACAGAAUACAAAAUGGGUUUGCUUUGGUACGAAGGGCGGUAAAACCAGUGCCAGGGUAUUUUCUUUCUUAUUGCCAAUUUACCUGAAAUCAAAGAUUGACCCAUUCUGAGUACCUUUUUUUUGUCUUACAAGCUAAAUCUACAUUUUCUUGAUCAAUAGUUAUUGGCUUUCCUUCUUCGGUUUCUCAUUCUGUUUUGUAAAACUUUAAAUUUCUCUGCAUGGAAUCCAAUCCUGCCUGUUCCGAUGAGGUUUUUCUUUGUCUGUGUGUCUCAAGUGGUUUUGGAAAUGGUCAAACUUCGCGGGGAAACAGAGAGAGUUUUUAACUGGCUCGUCUCCUUAGCGUCGAUGUAACUGCCAGUAAUUAUUACAGCUUUAUCUUGUAGGUAAUUUUGUUACGGUAUUUAUCCAGGGAGGGGUUUGGCCGAGCAUGCAGGCUCUUUUUUCGGCACCCCCCUUCCUCAAAUUCAGACACAUUCACAGCUGGGACGUUUCCCCCAGGACAACCACUGUUUGUUGGUGUUGCCUGCCGAGCUGGCGCAUUUGGGAUCAGACCAGGCAACCUUGUGACUCUCUCAACUUUUAAAAAGCUGCUACCACACUUCUCUGCAUUGUUGUAGCAUGAAUCUGGGUGGGGAAGGAUACACGGAUAAACCUUGAUGUCAUAUUAAACUGUCUGUUCUCUGCUAAGGCCAAGUGUUUCAAACAUUCGGAGAGCAGACUCCUCUCUGGCGAGUCAUCCCUCUCUCUUUCUAGGGUCGGUGAGUGCAUGGUUGUAUCGUUGUCGAUGUUUGUUGUCCUUUUUUUCCAAAAAGCAUGAUAUGACAGUGAUGGUGAUGAUGAAGAUAAAUUCUCUCCUCUUGUUGUCCUUGUUUUGAAAACCGUUACCGUCUGUCCGGUGCCAGCGGGGCAAGGUGAAGGGGUGCGGAGACGGUCGACCCUUUUCUGACCAAUCAUUUGCCGUCCAGGACAGCAGGUUCGCCAGUUGUUGGACUGAAUCUGAAACAGAUGUUUGUAGUCGUUAAACGAGCCACUGUAGCAAAAAAAAAAAAAAUGGAGCGCCAAACUUUUUGUGUUACCUCUCCCAAAGAUGUCACAUUUGUUACUUGCAGCACACGGCAGAUUCGUCCUUUUGGAUUCUCCACUGCUGCGGCGCCAUCUGUGGGUCGCCCGAGCAGCCGUGGAAGCGUUUAGAAGAGAGAGAUCGAUUUUAAGAGUCAAAAAACCCACAAAAUUGAACGAACGAAAACAAAGCGAGAGGCCGUUUAACGGAUAAAUUUCCUCAUUUUGUCAGUGAGUCGGUGUGUUGAAUCAAAGAUCUCUUGUGCACGUUCUGUUUUUUCUACAUCUGUGUUUUUUGGUAAGAACCCUCGGAUUGCUGCCUCACUAUUCUGUAUAUAGAGAAAUACACACAUUCACACUCACAACACAGAGCUUAAAGACAUACUCUCAUAAUCUGCAACUGCAUUAUUUUGCAUUUACUCUUUAUUUUUCUGAACAUGAAAGAUAUUAGCGUUAUUACAGCAGUAUAUAGGUAUGAAUACUACUCAGUGGGGACGGGCUAAACAGACAGACGAUGCAGAUUUCGAGGGCUGCAGACCUCCCUGUACAUCAGGAUCAGCCAUGAAUUCUCAAUGAUGCCAAAUGUUUUUUGAGCAGAGUACACCUUUUAAUCUGUCUCUCUCUCUCUCUCGCUCUCUCUCUCUCUCUCGCUCUCUCUCUCGCUCUCUCUCCUCUGUCUCCUCCCCCCAUCUCUUUGUACAUUUUUUCUAUUUAUUUAAAGCAGAAAUAUAUGGAUUGUAUUAAGCAUGGAAAGGCAAACAAAUGUUACAGUUGACAAAAAUCACAGGCUUUUAUUUUACAGCAGUAUAUUUGUUUAUUCUAGGGAUCUGUUUUCUCUCUCUUUUUUUGGAAGAAAUAAAAAGUCAUUUUCCAUUCCUAAACAA